AUGAAAGAAGAAGAAAACUAAAUAAUCAAAUAAGAGGAACAAUAAUUGUACAUCCAACAGUGCCCAAUUCCAGUGCACUACACUUCCAUCCCCAACGAGAUAUAACACUACCAAUCCACAUUCUAAGUCUUGGCAGAGGAGAAUCAUCAUCUGCGCAAAUUACUCAACCUCAAUCAACAACACUAAUUAAUCUGUCUGACCAAAGAAUAACUCCAGGAGGAGGUCUAUAAAAUGAUCGAUUUCCUCAUGAGACAUCUCAAUUACCUAUCCAAAGAAUAGAUCUUCGCUUAUUAAAAGGCUUUUCGUUUUUGGACUUAAAAAAAGGCACUAAAAUCAGUCUUCUUUUAGAUUUUCACAAGAUACUUGCAAGUUGUGAAGACAAGGGAAGAAAUGAUAAAAUUUAUUAUUCGUAAAAGUAUGAAGCACCAAAGAUAAACUCAGAGUAAGGAACAAAUGAAGGAGAAAAAAGUAAUCAAGAAAAUGAAUAAUUCAUUCGUCAAGCAAUUAUUCCAAAAUACUUCCUAUUAAUAAGAUUACUCAAACUUUCUAAAUCAAUAUCUACAAUUGGCAUUGAAUGAGAAUUAAUAGAAGAUUAGAAAAUAUGUAGUUUUUAUUAUGGAAAUGAUAGUGUCCGAUCAAAUUAAUCAAGUCUUGAAUUACAAGAGAUUCCCCUGGCUCAAUGACUGGAUUAACCAAUCGGUUCAAUUAGCCUAAGAAUUGCAAAAUCCUUAGAAUUAGAAUUAAGAGUCGAAAAAAAGAAAAAUUUGACUACUACCCUACCAAAUAUGAUAAAAUUAUAAUUU